UAAGUAUAAGUAGGUAACGUAGGAAUAUUAUUUAUUUGUACAAACAGUGUUAUCAAUGCAUUUAUUCCGUUAGUUCACAAAUCACUGUUGCUUAAUCGUCAAUGAAAAUGGUGCGCUGGGAAUUCGUAACUUUACUUAUAGUUGGUGUUUUGAGAGUGUCUUCGUCCGAAAGUCUUUACGAUGAAAAUUUAUACGAAAGUGUAUUGGACAAUGUGACUUGCCAGCGACAUUUAGAGGAAAUGCAGUAUUUCCAAUUUUUUGAUGCCAGCGGCAGGAUCCCCCAAAGCAUCACGCUCGGUGGUCAAGGGAGUCUUGGCAACUACCGUCAAUGUUUAUCAAUUGCCCAGCAAGUUCCAAACGACACAAUCAUCGGGAAAUACUGCAUGAUUAGAGUACCCUUACAGCAGAGCAGCUUUAACCCUCCGGCUUUCGAUCCUGCGGCUAAUCUAGGACUAAACGGAACCCUUUUUGAGCUGAUUAACAUGAGCGAGAAUGACACUCAAGUUCAGAAUGGAUUUCAUCUUAAGAGGGCUGUAGGGGUCAUGAUGGGACACGAGAAUUUCAAAGAUAUGCCAGCCUCUCAAAACAGCUUGGAAGUAAAGGUGGCAGUCUGUUUACCAAGAAGCUGUACAACAUAUCUGGCGUUUGGGCAGUACACAGACAUGCUGAACGUGUCUUACAGUGACCUUUACUGCCGACUGCCUGGUGACAAGAUUUUUUCGACAGCGGAUUAUAUUGCAGUGAUUACAAUAUUGAUUUUGGGGACGCUUACUGGGUUAAGUACUAUUUAUGAUUUAUACAACGUGUUCUUACUUGAAAAAGCUCCCGCUGCAAUAAAUAAGCUUCUAACCAGCUUCUCAGUAUUCACCAACACCCGUCGCUUAUUCACUUUCUCUAAGACCCCUGGGUCCAUAGAUUGCUUGGAUGGUCUGCGCUCUCUUUCAAUCCUCUGGGUUGUCAUCGGACACUCAUUUUCAAAUAUGUUCAAUGGAACCACUAUCAACAUGCUGGAUGCUUUUGUGUGGGCCUUUAGUUCAAAGGCAACGUGGCUAAUAUCUGCAGUGCUAGCUGUGGAUACCUUUUUCAUGAUGAGCGGUCUCUUAGUUGUCUACACUACUGUAAAGAAGAUGACACCAAUGUCACUAAUGAAAAACAUCCACCUGUUCUACCUUCACCGCCUGCUGCGCAUGUUUCCGUUGCUGGCUGCAGUAGUGCUGUUCCAGGCGUCGUUGUUGCAGCACUGCGCGGAUGGCCCCGGCUGGCCUAUACUGGCCACCAGCAUACAGAACUGCCGGCAUUGGUGGUGGUCUACUCUACUGCAUGUGCAAAACUACGUCAACUUGACUGAGAUCUGCCUCAGCCACACUUGGUACCUCUCUGUGGAUACGCAGCUUCACCUGUUGUCGCCACUGGUGUUGUUCUGGAUAUUACGUGGUCGUCGCUCUGCCUGGAUUGGUCUGACCUCUGGUCUCGUGGCCUCCAUCAUCUGUACCACCACUUACACUUAUAUUAAGAACUAUCCGGGAGUGUCUUUGUUGGGCACGGGGUUUGAGAUAAGUAUAAUGCUAGAUUACUUCAAAUACUACUAUAUCAACACAUUGACGAGAUCGCCGCCCUUCGUCGUGGGCAUGGUUUUCGGUUAUCUGCUUCACAUUUGGCGAGAAAGUCCAAGGAGGAUGCCUAAGUGGUUCCUAGCAGCUGGUUGGGUGGCCGCACUCGCGUUUGGUUCUGGGAUAGUGUACUGCAACAAUCCGGCCGCCAAGUUUACCCAGUUCUGGUCAAAUUUCCUGAACUCGUUCAUGAGGGGGCUCUGGGCGAUGGCAGUGGGCUGGAUCGUGUUUGCGUGUGCUGCGGGAUAUGGAGGGCCCAUAAACUGGUUCCUCUCCUUGACGAUGUGGAAGUUUUUGGCCCGCAUAUCCUAUGCGUUGUAUCUGAUCCACUAUCCGAUUCAGUCCAUUGUAAGAGGGCAAAGUGACGUGCCCGUCAUGUUCAGCCUAACGAACUUGUUUUACCUGUUUUACACGGACAUUUCACUGUCAUUGAUGGUUGCGAUCGCGUUGUGCGUGCUAGUAGACGCUCCCUUCUCUACAUUACAGAAAAUUCUGCUACAAGCAAAAACAAAGCCAGCUGCGCAUCCACCUUCUAAAGGAGUAUCAUCAUCUAUCGAAGUAUUAGUAAAUAAUUAACAUAUAGGUAUUUUAAUGCUCUAAUAUGUCUAGGUGAAAAUUGUACGAAUGUACUCGUAAAUCCAGGUACCUAAGUAUAAUACAGUCAAGAUAUUAAAAUAGGUACUGAAGUGUCCAUAUUUACCUUGACUUGUACCUUAUACAUUUCUCUAUUUAAUAGAGAAGGCAAAUGUUCGCAUUAUAAAGAGAGAACGUAGUCUAUUCAUGGUAAAUUAAUAGUUUUAUUACUUAUUUGACCUAUCAAUGGCUUACAUUACACACGAUAGCCAACGCCUCGUGCACUCUCCGUAACCGACUUGCGACUUAUUGAACUUCAAUAAUCAAUUCGUCGAAAGACUAGCUCAUAAGCACGAUCUACUUAGUUCUGUGUCAAUCGGGUUUAAACUCCUUUGGGUUGGUUAUCUAUAAUUAUACCGUAAUUAUUAUAUUUAUUGUUUUAGUAAUGCUCGUUUCGCACAAGAUGCCUAUUUGAAAUUUUAAAAUCUUAACUUAACUAUAAAACUCGAACAUAAGUAUAAAAUUAUUUUCAUGGGGUUAUUCACGUAUUAUUAAGUCAAAUAAACGGUCGAUAUAUGCUUCGAUCCAAUUUUCAUGGAUCUUCCCAUCCAUCAUUUUCAUUUUCAUUUUUUCUUUCUUUUUUCUUUUUUAUGGAGCACCGCUUUCACUGGUCAAGAGCGUGACGUAUACUGCGGGACAAAAAUCAGCCCGAUUUGCACGGCUGCUCGUGAUACUCGAAAUUUGGAUAAAAACAUGUCGAAAGUUUAUUCGACUUAAUAAUACCUGACUCGUUCAAAAUAACUUUAAUAUAAUCUCAACGUAACCUAUCAUUGAAUAUGAUACGAACUACAACUAGCAUUGUAUCUUGCACAGCGAGGCGCGGAGGCGAGGCAUGUCAUUUUUGUAAUUAUUAUACGAAUAUCAAGUUCCGAUUUUAAACCUCGAAUAGGCCUCUAGAUCACACGAACAGUGACGUACGUGAGAUGACCCAAAACAUAGAUGCACAAUCAGAAAAAGGUAGUGUCACCUCCAUGAUUGGCUGUUAUUAAAUGUUAACAUCGUGUGACAAGGACAACAUGAUUACUAGUGUUUUAUUCUGUUGUCCCUGGAAAGCAAUGUUAUAUAACAGCCAAUAUGGGAGCUACAUAAAUAGAAAUACAUCUUUACUCAAUAGGUACUAUUUUUAACCGACUUCAAAAAUGGGGGGCUUUUCGUAGCUAGACUAAAAAGAAACAUAAGUUUUUGCUUACUUGGUACCUACAUGUAAGAGUAUAUUUCAUAGCUAGCUAAGAAUUUAGGUCACGAGUCAUCGCCAGUCGGAUUCCUGUCAUUUUAUUAGAUAGUACUUAAGGUGGAGUGGGUUCAGAAUCUUAUACCUUUAAACGAGCAAUUCUUGUAUAUAUAUAUAUAUUUAUU